AUGGAGUUAAUGACUCACAGUGACAUUUCUGAUAAAGAGCUGGUAAAUACAUAUGGUGGUGUUGCCUACGAUCAUGAAAGUAUGCCAAGAGUUGUUGCAGUACACAGCUGGACAGUUGAACUUCAGAAUUCAUACACAUGUAACAAACAAGGACAAGUGCUACACCUUCCAUCACAUGAACUGUUUCCUCCAAAUUCUUGUUAUUCUAUGAAGAUUGAUGUCAGAAGCUCACCUCAGGAUAAAGGUUUUGUUAGUAAGAGAAUAUGCACAGUUUCCAGAGACAACCUGGACACUCAUGUAAGUCAUACAAAGAUACUUAUUUGAGAUUUCUGUCUUUUGAUAGUGACUUAAACCAGUAUGUUUUAUGUAAGGCCAACUGAGGAACUUGAAAGACUAAGAUCUUGCUAAAUGUGCUUUAAAGAGCAAUUGUCAGGAAAACUACAUGUACUCACUACUGCCUGCCCAGUCUCCCUUCCCUGAAGAGUUACGUUUCAGUUGGUGUUACGAGUUGAUUAGCAAUAAAAAUUUUAGAGGCAACAAUGUUGGAACAGUGUGGUGACAGUUUGAAGCAAUUGCGUUGUGCUUAAAACAUACUGUGUAACGUUGUCUUGAAAUACAACUCAUAAAAAUGUUUCAGCCAAAAAUGAAGAGCCUAUCUCUAAGUUCAACAGAUGUUGAGGUGUUUGCCAGUGACCUUUUUAUUUUAUUGUUAUGAAAGGCUGGCUGGGAAAAAGUCAUAAAUAGUCUUCUUAUAAUUCGCUAGAUUUUCGUUCCAAAUGACUUUGUACUGCUGUAUUUGCUUGUAAAUAAUUGAGGGAGGACUUGAUAUUAGAUUGACUCACUCAGAGCCUUUUUCUAUUCGUACUUCAUCACUUGAGUACAUCUUAAUUAAUGUUCUUUAUUUUUCAGUACAAAAACAAGUUUUCUCUUUCUGAUACACCGUCGUUUGCUGUGGAAAAACUCAGUCAAAAAGAGGAGAGACAGAUCAACAACACAAGAACAGGAACAGGGACUGUCAGAAUUCUGAGAACUCUUUUGCAAGAAAAUGGCAAGAAUCCUUUUGGCAAGUACUGUCAUAGCGACCAUAAAUCACUUUGGGGUAAAGAACAUGUGUUCAUGCCACAGAUGGGUAAUUUGUUGCUGACAGAGAACACCAACACUAAAGACAUGCCUGUCACAAACGUUGUACCCCUGGAUGGAAAAUUGAUAUCCCCUUGCUGUUUAAACUCGUUUGACAAAUACAGUUUGGAGGCCAACAAAACUGGACCAAAAAACUUGGAAAGCCAUGACUGGUCUAGAGUUGGAGUGUUAGCAGACGAAAACUCUGAGCAACUACAUGUAAACUCUUCACGUAAGCGCCUUAACUCAAACUUCACCAGCUCACUUUCGUAUUCAGGGCACAUUUCGGAAGGAGAAGCUUUUGGGAAAGAUUGCCUUCAAGGACAAACUACAGAAGUUUCUGUUCCUCAAAACAAACCAUUGUUUACGCCAGCUUUGUGUAAUUCAACUGGGCAAACCCAGAUCUCCGAAACGCCUGUUUCACUUUCUCGAAAAAGACCGCGGAAGUCAAUUCCUAGGAAAAUCGAUAUGCAUUUGGAAUGGCAGAAGUCUUGUUCUAGCUCAGACGGUGAAGGAACAUCAAAAGUUUCAGAAUCGCCCAAGCAGGAUGUAUCCGGCAGUCCUUCACACGAGAGGAGCAGCUCAGAGUCUGAUAAAGAGUCCUCUGGCGGUACAAAAGUGCUGUUCAAAAGAACUGCAGGUAAAAGGAGUUGUUUGUUCAUUCUGCUUUUACAGGGGCGGAUCCAGGAUUUUUUUUAGGAGGGGGUGCACUCGUCUCUUGCUCUACUUCAACACCAAUAAACGGCAUAGUUUUUUUUUGUAGAAUACCAGUUGUAUUAGAAAACCGCAGGUCAUCUCAGGGGGGGGGGGGUGCGCACCCCCUGCACCCUCCCCCUAGAUCCGCCCCUGUUUUAUGGGUGAAAGCCAAAAGUUGAGCUGUUAGUUACAGUUGAACUUCCAUGUGCGACUACCUAUCCAAAACAAAAAGAUUUACCCAGUGAAAUUCCUAUAGUUAGAAACUCUCGUAAGCGACUGCGACGGAAAUUUUGGACUGACGGUUGUUUGAUUUUCCGUUGUUUUUAACCUCUUGUAAGCAACCACUUGACUAGCCUGUUCCAGUUAUUCAGCCCUCGUUUUUCCCCCUCGUAAUUCCCCGCGUACGAUUCUCUCUCCACCAUCUGAACGCCAGGACGAACCGGCUACUGCUUGACGUAUGGUCUUAUCUCUAUGUUCACUACGUGUACAUGUGCUCCGUUACUCGGAGAACCUUUAGUGAGAACAUAAACUACACGUAGCGAAAGAUAAAAAUUGUGGGUAGUUAAUUCUCCUCGAAAAAGAUGUAUCGGAAUCUCCUGUCGGAAGGGACCCCCUGUGGACCAAGCGACCACCUCCUGUCACUUAAGGCGCUGGUUUUCACUAGCGACGGAAUCGGACUCGGAAUCGUAAGCGGAGUCUCAAGAGCGCGAAAAUCAAACAUCAGAGUAAUAAGCAGAGACAUAAGCGCGAAGGAGUCGGAGUCAGAAGAAUCACAAAGUUUCCAUAUUUUCUUCCGACUCUAGUGAAACCAGAUUGUCACAGUCGGAAGCAGAAGCGGAAGGAUAAACCAAUCACGAGGCUAGUUCCCACGCUUUGUGAUUGGUUUAGUUCUUCGGCUUCUGCUUGCGAGUCCGACAGUUUACGUUUCACUUGAUCGUCGUAAACGACGGAGUCGUAAGCGGAAUCAGAGGAAUCAGAACGCUGUUUUCACUAGAUCGUUGAGUCCCAUGCUUCUGAUUUCGACUCUGACUCCGUCUCCGUUGCUAAUGAAAAUCUUGGGUGGUUGCUUACGGGAGGUUCGACUGUAUUUUAAGACUGAGUAUUUCUUGCAGAACCUCAUUCAGCUGUAAGUUUUUGGGAGGGUUUUGGUCUAUCGACGCCUUUCUAAGGCUUAAAUAUGAACUACUGUACUUUGAUAGCGAGGAGUUUUGAAAAUAAGGAAAAGUACAUAUAUUUCUCUACUUGCAUGUAAGGUGUUUGGUCCGUUUCCCCAGUGCAUACAAGUUCGGACACGGAAGAAGACAAAGUACUUGAGGACUCACCCAGCUGGAACAGGGAAACAUCACAAAGUCAGUUACCUUAUGGUAAUUCUGGGAAUAAACAGGCAACGAACAUUUGCGUCUUUACAGAUCGACCUAUAGCUUCACUUGUACCAUACAAUCCUUUGGAAAAUGUCAACGUCGAGCCUAUAUAUUCUCCUGCUUUAGAUCGAGAAGCUCGCAUUAAAGAGCUGCUUAGCAAACAAGAAAAACUUCUAGCGAAAAUGCGCCAGAAAAAAAUUGACGAGGAAUGA